AUGCUGUGGCUGGAGCCCUCCUCCAGGCUGGGGGGCCACGGGCCUGGCCUCCUGCCCAGGCUCCUGGCUCUCCUUUGCGUGGCCUGGGCAGAGGUGCGGCCGCUCCAGCUGCGGGAGGAGCAGGCGCCAAUGCCCGGAGCCCUGAGCAGGAAGGAGGGUUUCCUGCUCCUCUCCCUGCACAACCGCCUGCGCAGCCGGGUGCAUCCCCCUGCGGCCAACAUGCAGAGACUGGACUGGAGUGAGAGCCUCGCCCGACAGGCUCAAGCCAGGGCAGCCCUCUGUGGCGUCCCAGCCUCAAGCCGGGUGCCCACUCGGGGGGCCACUUCACAGGUGGGCUGGAACGUGCAGCUGCUGCCCGUGGGCGUGGCGUCCUUCGUCCACGUGGUGGGCCUGUGGUUUUCGGAAGGCCAGCGGUACAGCCACGAGGCGGCGGAGUGUGCCCUCAACGCCACCUGCAGCCACUACACUCAGCUCGUGUGGGCCACCUCGAGCCAGCUGGGCUGUGGGCGUCAUCCCUGCUCUGGGGACCAGGCCGGGAUGGAAGCCUUUGUCUGUGCCUACUUUCCUGGAGGCAACUGGGAGGUCAACGGGCAGCCAAUCGUCCCCUACAAGAAGGGCGCCUGGUGUUCGCUCUGCACGGCCAGCGUCUCAGGCUGCUUCAAGGCCUGGGACCAUGCAGGGGGGCUCUGUGAGGUCCCCAGGAACCCCUGUCGCAUGAGCUGCAGGAACCACGGACAGCUCAACGUCAGCUCCUGCCGCUGCCACUGCCCCCCUGGCUACACGGGCAGAUUCUGCCAAGUGCGGUGCAGCAUGCAGUGCGUGCAUGGCCGGUUCCGGGAAGAGGAGUGCUCCUGUGUCUGUGACGUCGGCUACGGGGGAGCCCAAUGUGCCACCAAGGUGCACUUUCCCUUCCACACCUGUGACCUGAGGAUCGACGGAGACUGCUUCAUGGUGUCUCCGGAGGCGGACACCUAUUACGGAGCCAAGAUGAAAUGCCAGGGGAAGGGCGGGGUGCUUGCCCAGAUCGAGAGCCAGAAAGUACAGGACAUCCUCGCCUUCUACCUGGGCCGCCUGGAGACCACCAACGAGGUGACCGACAGCGACUUUGAGACCAGGAACUUCUGGAUCGGGCUCACCUACAAGACCGCCAAGGACGCCUUCCGCUGGGCCACCGGGGAGCGCCAGGCCUUCGCCAGCUUUGCCUUUGGGCAGCCUGACAACCAGGGGUUCGGCAACUGCGUGGAGCUGCAGGCCUCGGCCGCCUUCAACUGGAACGACCAGCGCUGUAAAACCCGCAACCGCUACAUCUGCCGGUUCGCUCAGGAGCACAUUUCCCGGUGGGACCCGGGGCCCUGA